AUGUCAGCUUUACCUGAAGAGGAUUCUCCGCCACCCUUAUAUCUAGUCAACUUUGAGAACUACCUAAGACCUAAAAACCCAAACAAAUGUCAGCCUCUUCAGCGUUUCGAAAAGCCAGUUGGCAAAACAUCCAAUUUAAGAAAAAGUUUAAAGCGAUUAAAGCUGAUAAAAUGGUAUAUUGACCUCUCAAAACGUUUUAGGCAACUGCCAUUGCCCAGAUUUCUUGGAUUCCUGCGCGCCCGUAAUGAUGAUGGUCUGUGUAAACGGAAAACGGGAUUCGAGAUCUAUUGCGAGAUGGCCAGCAUACAUGGCUUUCACAUCUUUGUGGGCGCCAAAACCUGGCAGCGAAUUCUCUGGUGGCUGCUCAUUUGCAAUGCGGUGAUGCUUUCACUUAUCCUGGUAAUAAUGUCACUUUCGAUGUCGAAGGAAAUGCCCACCAUACGAUUUAUGGACACCAUGAUGAAUCCCACAGCCGAAGUGCCAUUUCCUGCUGUUACCAUUUGCGAUCUUCAGACAUUUGAAUUCAUGAACUCUUCUGUGAUAGAAAAGCUAACUGCUAGAAAUGUAAGUUGGCUAGAACUCCUCGAGGAUCUUGCUUCUCCGAUUUGUCCGCAAAUAAAGAGGUGUCGAUGGGAAAAUCGCAAGGAAAGCUGCCUAGAGAAAAUGGAGCCCAUUUGGACUCUUGAUCAACGCCUUUGCUGCAGUUUUAACUAUCAUCAGCUGCUUUUUAGCUCCCAUUUGGGAGUAAGUUUGGAUCUAAGAUCUAGUGAUGAGGAACUCGAAAGUUUAGAGGUUCUUAUACACGAAUCACACGAGAUACCCAAUGAUGCUACACCAAGGUUAUUGGUGCCAAGCGGAUCAGAGGCUCACAUAAUGCUUAGACCCUUUGUGAACCGAUUCUCGGUAAAUCUGGAGAGCCUUACGCUAAAGAAAAGAGGAUGCUAUUUCCCAAAAGAACGUCGUUUAUUCUCAUCAAAUGCGUAUAACCAAAUCAACUGCCUGGCAGAAUGUCGUAGCGAAGAAAUCUGGAAAUCGUGUGGCUGUGUUCCCCCCAAAAAUCCUCGACAAAACAAUUGGAAUAUUUGUGACCUGAGGCAAAUGCAGUGUGUAAUGGAUCACAAUCACCAUGAGAUCAUCGAAGGCGAACAAAAGAACUGCGAAUGCCUUCCGCCAUGUGAAUACAAUCGCUAUGAAUUCCAGGGUGAUAUAAGAUCAAUAAAGGGAAUGACUAAUAACAACAAGAGCGAUUCAAGCUAUCUAAAGUCACCAAAUGAAUUUCGACUGCGUGUUUACUACGAUUCACCAAUUGCUGAAGAGCUCUUUUUAGACGUUUACGAAAACUGGCUGACAUUCAUAGGAACUUUUGGAGGGAUAACCGGACUAUUUAUGGGCUGCAGUUUUGUGUCGGUCUUCGAGCUGAUUUUCUUUACGUGUGUGCGACCUACAUGCAACUGGCUGACCAGGCAACAGAUACUUUGGCGACGAAGGAGGAUUCAGAGGGUGGGCAACACCGGCGAGGUCAUUAGGCCUGGCUAA